AUGAUUAGGGUCAAUCAAAAAUGGUGGGUAGCUCUUGCUUUAUUAUUUGUAAUUAUAAGUAUAAUGGUUGAAAGUUUCCUUUAUCAAAAAUUUUUAAAACAUGGUUCAAAAGAAGAAUCUAUUGAAGAUAGUAUAAAUGAAUCUCAAAUAGUUUAUGGUAAAAGCUUUCCGAAUAACCCUGAUAGUGGGUAUGAUGUAGGUGUUUAUUACUCUAAUUGGUCUCCUUACACUCCUAGGUUACAUUUACCUCAUGAUAUGGACUUCUCAAGGUUGACUCAUGUGUACUAUGCGUUUUUUGUAGUCGAUUCUAAGACAGGUGCGCUGACCACUAGUGAUAAUUGGUCUGAUUUUGAAAUGGAUUGUUAUAAACCUUUGGCAAUGAAGUUGAAGAAAUUACAAUUGGAUCAUUUUUUUAAUCCAAAAUUCAAAAAUGGUUUACCAAUGGGUUGCAUAGGUGAACUGUUUUACCUAAGACAUUCUCAAUUAUUUGACUCGAAUAAUUCGAGAAAGUUUAAGUUGAUCAUGUCUGUUGGUGGUUGGUCUAAUAGAGAGGCUUUCCCAAGAAUGAUCAGAGACUCUAAAAAACUUGAUGCUUUUGUCAAUUCUUGUAUUGAGAAUAUGUUUAAUUAUGGGUUCGAUGGAAUAGAAUUAGAUUGGGAAUUCCCAAAAGAUGAUAAGCUAGAACCAAAGAUGUAUUUAGAGUUGGUUAAAAAAUUAAAGUGGAAACAAAACGAGUUGGAACAAAAAAUAUUUAAUAAUAGUGGUAAUGGUAACCAUUCGAAAAGACCAAAAUUCCAUUUAUCUAUUGCUGCUCCGGCUUUUAAAGAAAAAUUGGAUAUUCUCCUUAUGAGAGAGAUGGAUCAUUAUGUGGACGUUUGGAAUAUGAUGACUUAUGAUUAUCAUGGAGAAUGGUCAGAGAAAACCGGUUACCAUAGCAACUUAUAUUCACCUCAAGAAACUAGAAAUGAAGAUGAUGACGAUGACGAUAGAGACGAAGAUAAUGAAGACGACGAUGAUGAUGAAGACGAUGAGUCAAACCUAAACGGUGACUACGCUAUCAAUUAUGUUAUCAAGAAAUAUCAUAUUAACCCAAAAAAAAUUAAUUUGGGUAUGGCCGCCUAUGGUAGAGGGUUCACCAAGGUAAAUGCAUCAAGUCAAGACACCAGAUUCAUUAAUAAGCCAUAUCGUGGUGUCGGUGGAGCAUCUGAAGGAGAACCGGGUAUGUGGCUUUAUAAUCAAUUACCAAUAAAGAAUUCUUUAGAGGAAUUCGAUCCUGACUAUGUUUCUGCAUUCUGCUACGAUAAAAAAUCAAAAACAUUUGUAGGCUACGAUAACCGUGAUUCAAUGAAAGUUAAAGCUCAAUAUGUUAAAGAGCAUAAUCUAAAAGGAGGGUUCUGGUGGGAAUCAUGUGGUGAUGACCAUAAGAAUCCGGAGAAAUCAUUAUUAAAUGCUUUUACUGACGAAAUUGGUUCUGUAACUGAAAAAAAUGAAACAAUGUUCACCAAUAUUGAAGUCUUAAAAUAUUACUUGAAAACUAAAGGUGACACGGGUUUCCUUUCUACCUUUAUUAUGAAAUUACUUUAUCGCGAUGAAAUAUAUUAA